AUGCGCGGACGCGGAGCCGCUCGAGGAGGAAGAGGAGGCAGAACACCGUCGGCGCCAUGGAGCCGAUUGAAGCCCGUCGAGCUCGACCCCCUCGAGUCCAUGGGGCUUCCCUCCAAGGGAGACAACAGAUUGCUUGACUCCAAGACGCAAGAACGCUACUACACCAAGAUCGUCGAGCGCUACAUGACCUUCUGCUCCGAUGCUGGCGAGCGCGACGAACUCCUUCGUCGGUUCGCAUCGCUUGACCUCUCGUCCAAAAAGGAGACUGCCUCCUCGAAACCUACCGGCAAUACAUCCAGAGAUGCCUCUCAACAUGCGCCGCCGAGGCCCUCAAUGGCGGCUCCUGCCACCGUUCCGAACAAUACGAAAGGACUGUCUGAUGUUCUGUCGGCGCUUAGGAAGCUCCGCGAGGGCAUCGUGGCCUCCAAGCGCAUGGACGACUUCGCGAUCCAAACAUACCUCUUCUGCAUCCGGCUAUCCGUUCUGGUCAAACAUCCUGAAUCCUACCACCCGGCCAUACUCCACCUGCUGCGUCGGAUACAGCCGUUCCAUAGCAUGACCACGGUUGAGAUGAGCGAGGUGGUGGGCUAUCUGGUCCUCGAUACAGCUUGCAGGCGCAAUGACUUGGGCGAGGCCUUCGCGCUGCGCCACAGAUAUCGACUGAAAGACACCAAGGUCGAUGGUGUUCUCGACGCAUUGGCGCACGACAAUUAUGUUGAAUUCAACCGGUUGAAGAGGAGGGUGGACGGGCACAGGGCGAAGCUGCUUGAAUACGCAGAGGAGGGGAUGCGGAAGCACGUGCUGAAGUGCUUCGGGAGAACCUAUCUAAGUGUUGACCUUGAAUUUCUGGAGACAUGUACGGGUUCCCCAUGGGCGCGACUUACCACGGAGAACGGCGUGGGCUGGGAACUGGAGGGGGGCAAGGUCAUCAUUAGGAGGGUCAAGGCACGGUGA